GCGGAGGGGAGGAUGGCUGCGCCCGGCUCCUUCCCGCUGCUGGUCGAAGGGUCCUGGGGUCCCCAGCCCCCGAAGAACUUGAGAACCAAGUUGCAGUUGUACUUCCAGAGCCAGAAGAGAUCAGGAGGCGGGGAGUGUGAGGUCCGCCAGGCGCCGGGGAGCCCGCCUCGUUUCCUUGUGCUCUUCUACCUCGACGACGUUCGGCAGCAAGUUCUGGCGAGAGAGAACCACGAGUUAGUAUGGCCAGGAAAAGGAACAUUAAAGUUAACUGUCCAGUUGCCCAGAGCCACGGAUGAAGUCCAGGAGGGGAAAAUUCCAACAGUGGAAUCCAAGACCAAAGAACGUGUCAAAGAAUCAGAUGCAUCAGAAGAACUAGAUGCAAAUAUCUCUCUCAAUAGAAGAUCAGAAAAAAAGGAAGAUGCCCUAAAAGAAUGUGAAAAUAUUUCCUCUUUGGUUGCAUUUGAAAAUCUGAAGCCAAAUGUGACUGAUGUGAUGCUAAUCUUGUUAGUGGAGAACAUAAGUGGCCUGACCAAUGAUGACUUUAAAGUGGAAUUAAUACAAGAUUUUAAUGUUGCUGUAGUUACCUUUCAAAAAUAUACUGAUGCCCUGAAAUUUGUUGAUGAAUGUAUCAAGCACCAUUCAGUGAAAGCACUUCAGCUUUCUGCAAGACUUCUGGAAGUGACAAAAACAGUCCGAGUUGAAAACCUGCCACCUGGUGUUGAUGACCGUGAUUUGAAAUGUUUAUUUGAAAAUCCUCUUAAUGGAGGGGGAAGAGUGGCCAGCAUUGAAUGUUUUCCUGAUGAGAGUUCAGCACUGAUUGAAUUUUUUGACAGAAAAGUGUUAGACACCAUCAUGACCAAGAAACUUGACCUCAAUAAUAUGCCGCUCUCUGUGUUCCCGUACUAUACUUCUUUGGGCACAGCGCUGUAUGGACAGGAGAAGCCUCUGAUCAAGCUUCCAGCACCAUUCAGAGAAUCACUGGAUCUUUCCUUAUGGAAGUUCUUGCAGAAAAAGAAUCACCUGAUUGACAAGAUAAAUGAUGAAAUGAGACGUUGUCACUGUGAGCUAACAUUGUGCCAACCCAGCAGUGAAGUGAUCAUCAGACCUGUAGCCACCUUAUUCAGUCAAGGAAGACCAAGAAUCAAGACCUGGCAAAAAGAUGCUUCUACAGUAUUCUCUGGUAUCAGGUCUAAGUAUACAGUGACCUCAUUUCAAGUGGAUUCAAUAGUAUGGGACAUCGUAAAAGACAAUUUAGAAGAUGAUAGGAUUUUGAUUGAGUUUGAUGCACUAACAGGGAUUGCAACCUUAGUGGGGAAAUCAGAGGAUGUACAAAACAUUAAGCCGCAGAUCAAGGACUUAAUAGAAGGCACCAUUCAAGAAAUUAGAAGAGAAAAGCAAAGUCUGAAGCAAAAACUGGCCAUUUCUCCAGGAAGGUAUUCACUUCUGUUGCACAGCGGUGUACAGGAGCAUCUCCACACGGAGUGCCCAGAGGUGGAGAUUUUUUAUGAUGAAGCCUCUCAACACAUGUGCUUCAAAGGACUCCCUACAGAUGUGUAUAAAGUAAAGUGUGAAAUCCAGGAAAAGGUAUAUACCAUGGCUCAGAGAAACAUUCAGGUUCCCCCAGAGGUUUUUCAGUUUCUGCAACAGGUUGACUGUGCAGAAUUCUCUAAGUCUCUCUUUAUAGCACAGAACAUUCUUGCAGUUUAUGAGCUAGAGGGCACAACUGUUCUCUUAACUGGUGCUUUUUCUGAAGUCCUUUUAGAAGCUGAAAAGCAAAUGGUCCGUGCCUUAAAUUAUAAGUGCAUUGACAUUGAAGACAGGGAAGUUCUUAACAGUAAGAAAUGGAAAGGGCUUACUUGCAAUUUGCAUAAAAAACACAACUCCUCCUCAAAGACUGUAAUAAUCCAUGAAGUAACUUCAGAAACCACAGCCCAGGUCAUCAUCACAGGCUGUGUGAGAGAAGUAAAUGAAAUCUAUGACUUGCUUUUUGACUUCCUGGAAAAACACACAAAAAUAGAGAAAUUGAUUGAAGUAAAGCCUUCCUUAGUUAUUGAUUACUUAAGGGCAGAAAAGCUACUGUGGCAAAAGAUAAAGAAGAUGAAUGUUCAGGUAAUUUUUAAUCCUGAGAACAAGCAAAAAGGCAUUUUACUAACUGGCCCAAAGACCAAAGUCCUGGAGGGAAUGAACAUUGUCACGCAAGCCUGGGAUUUGGUCUGUGUUAAAAGCUUCCAUGUUGAUAAGCCAGGAGCCAGUCAGUUCUUCCAGGAUAAAGCACGGUAUUAUAAAAGUGAGGUCAGAAGGUUAUUUGGUUGUUUGAUUGAACUACAGAAGGACGAAGGAAAGGAGGGGGGCAGCACUGGUGGGCAGAGGUGCUUGUUUCAGACAGAUUUAGCCCCUGGAGUCUCGCUGAUUGUGCAGCAAGGAGACUUGACACAGUUUCCCGUCGACGUGGUGGUGAAUGUGGCCAAUGAGGAGCUCAAGCUCAAGGGGGGCUUGGCUGCUGCUCUUUUAAAAGCAGCUGGCCCUGAGCUCCAAGAAGACUGUGACCAGAUAAUGAAGACAAGAAAGUUCAGGCCCUUACCUGCCUGUGCCAUCAUCUCGAAAGCAGGAAAGCUCCCAUACCACCAUGUGAUCCACACAGUAGGGCCCCAGUGGAAGAGGGAUGAGGCCCAGAAAUGUGUGUGGCAGUUAAAGACUGCUGUGAAAGGAAGUCUCCAUUUGGCUGUAAGACACAAGUACCGAUCCAUAGCCAUCCCUGCUAUUGGUUCCAGAGCCUUUGGCUUUCCCCUACCCCAGUGUGUGCAGACCAUUAUUUUGGCGAUCAAGGAAUGGUUCCAGUAUCAACAGAAUGGAUGCAGCUUGAAAGAGAUUUACCUUGUGGAUAUAGCUGAGAAGACUGUUGAGGCCUUUGCUGAAAGUGCAAAAAUUAUAUUUAAAGACACCCUGCCUGAUGUUGCUUCCCUGCCCAGUUUACCAGCAGCAGUCCAGCCCAACCUGAGAAAGGAUCAUGGAAAAGGAGCAAGUCUGUUGUCCCCAGAAGGCCUGAGGAUCCUGUUGGUGGAAGGAGAUGUGCAGAGUGCUACAACCGAUGUGGUUGUCAACUCCAUUUCAUCGGAUCUUGAGCUCAAUAGAGGGCCCCUUUCUAAGGCCUUCUUGGAAAAAGCAGGACAAAAGCUCCAGGAGGAGCUGAAGACAGCUGGACAAGGGGUGGCUGUUGAGGUCGGCACAGUUAUCCAAACCAGUGGUUGCAAUCUGCACUGCCACCGUGUGCUUCACGUGGUGGCUCCAGACUGGAGAAGUGACACAACAUCUUCACGCAAGAUCAUGGAAAACAUAAUCAGAGAAUGUUUGGAAACCACUGAGAGUUUGUCCUUAAACUCAAUUGCAUUUCCAGCAAUAGGAACAGGAAAUCUGGGGUUUCCUAAAAACAUUUUUGCUGAAUUAAUUACCUCAGAAGUGUUCAAAUUCAGUAGCAAGAAUCAACCCACAACUUUACGAGAGGUUUGCUUUCUGUUGCACCCAAGUGAUCAUGGAAAUAUUCAGGCAUUCUCAGAUGAAUUUGCCAGAAGGGCUAAUGGAAAUUUCAUCAGUGACAAAAUUCCCAAGGCUGAAGAUACACAAGGUUUAUAUGGGACUAUUUCUAACCCUGAUUCAGGAGUGCAUGAAAUGAAGAUUGGGCCCAUCAUUUUCCAGGUAGCCUCUGGAGAUAUCACCAAAGAAGAGGCAGAUGUGAUUGUAAAUUCAACAUCAAAGACAUUUAAUCUCAAAGCAGGAGUCUCCAAAGCAAUUUUAGAACAUGCCGGGAGAAGUGUGGAAAUGGAAUGUUCUGAUCAAGCUCAAGGGGGCCACAGAGAUUAUAUAAUUACCAAAGGUGGAUUAUUGAAGUGCAAGAAUAUUAUUCACGUCAUUGGUGGAAAUGAUGUCAAGAGAUCCGUUUCCUGUGUUUUGCAAGAGUGUGAAAAGCGGAAUUACUCAUCCGUUUGCCUCCCAGCCAUCGGGACAGGAAGUGCCAAACAAGACCCAGAUAAGGUUGCAGCAGCCAUAAUUGAUGCCAUUGAAGACUUUAUUCAGAAAGGAUUGGUCCAGUCUAUGAAAAAAGUUAAAGUUGUUAUCUUUCUGCCUCAAGUACUGGACGUGUUUUAUGCCAUCAUGAAAAAAAGAGAAGGAUCUCAGCCUUCUCCCCAGCAGUCUGUGAUGUCUAAAAUUGCAUCAUUCUUAGGCUUCUCAAGUAAAUCUCCCCCAAAACAGACUCCUUUGGUUUUAGAAAAGAAAACAGAAUCAGCAAUUUUUCAGGUGUGUGGUGAAAAUGUAAGAAGUGUAGAAAACGUCCUCUUCUGGAUACAGGAUCUCAUUCAAAAGGAACAGUGUCCCUACACCAGUGAAGAUGAAUGUAUCAAAAACUUUGAUGUAAAGGAAUAUCAGGAAUUGAAUGAGCUUCAGAAGAAGUUAAAUAUUUCCAUUUCCUUGGACCGUGAAAAACCUUUGAUUGAGGUUUCUGGAAUUACCAAAGAUGUGAUACAGGUUAGAAAUGCAAUUGAGGACAUGAUCAAGAGAGUUAGAUUGUCCAAAGAACAGGAAUUCCUGGCAGAUCGUACCAGUGAUUUUGUGGAAUGGCAAUAUAAGGACGAUAACAAGUUUCAUAGUUUUGACAAAAUUACCAAUAUGCAACUGGAGGAUGCAAAGAAACAAAAGAGAAAGACAAUUGAUGUUAAAAUUAAUCAUCAGAGCUACACAGUGGACUUGGAAACAUACACUGCUACAGAUGCAAAGGGAAAGAGUUUACCUGUUUGGCGCCAUACAAAAUAUGAAGUUGAGAUCCCCUUAUACUGGAGUGAUAUGAAGCAGCAGAAAGUCUGUGUGGUUGAGCUACAGCCUGAUGAUUCAGAAUACAAAACUGUGGCAAGCAAGUUUAAUGAGACCUGUGCAAACUUCAUCAUAGAGAAGAUUGAGAGGAUCCAGAAUCCAGAGCUCUGGAAACACUACCAGACAAAGAAAAACAACAUGGACACCAAAAAUGGCCAAUUAAUAAAUGAGAAGCUGCUCUUCCAUGGGACAGAUGCCAACUCAGUGACACUUGUCAACGGAAAAGGCUUUAACCGCAGUUAUGCUGGAAAGAAUGCUACGGCAUAUGGAAAGGGAACCUAUUUUGCUGUCAGUGCCCUUUAUUCUGCCAGUGAUGUAUACUCCAGACCGGACGUAAAUGGGAAGAAGCAUAUGUAUUAUGUGCGAGUACUCACUGGAUCCUACACAGCUGGAAACAGUACAUUAAUUGUGCCUCCUCUAAAGGACCCCCAAAAUCCUACUGACUCGUAUGACACUGUCACAGAUUGUGUGCAAAAUCCAAAUUUAUUUGUGGUAUUUUAUGACUACCAGGCUUACCCAGAGUACCUCAUUACUUUUAGACGUUAACAUUCUGGUAUCCUUUGCAGAAGAUAUUAUUCAUCUAUACAUAGCUAACUGUAAAGCAAGCUGUAGUUUUUUUUUCUCUUAACAGCUUUUUCUAAGAUCAGAGGACCCUUGUCACUGAAAUCCAGCCUCUCUUUCAAAACUGGAAUGAACCUAUCUUGAGAGCAGUAAAUCCGAGAAUUUAAUUGGAGUUACAACUGUGUGUCCUCAACCAUGUAUAUCAAAUCUGUAGACGUACAUGUGUUUAUUUCCAGGAAGGAGAGUAUAACAUUAAUCUGUCUUUUUUUUAAAAAUUGGGGUAUAGUUGCUUUACAAUGUUGUGUUCAUUUCUGCUGUACAACCAAGUGAAUCAGCUAUGUGUAUACAUAUAUCCCCUCCCUCUUGGAUCUCCCCCCGCCCCCCCCGCCGCCAUCCCACCCAUCUAGGUCACCACAGAGCGCUGAGCUGAGCUCCCUGUGCUACACAGCAGGUUCCCACUAGCCAUCUCUUUUACACUGGUAAUGUAUACAUGUCAAUCUCAGUCUUCCAGUUCAUCCCCCUCCACGUCCACACGUCCGUUCUUUACAUCUUCAUCUCUAUUCUUGCCCUGCAAGUAGGUUCAUCUGUACCAUUUUUCUAGAUUCCACAUAUAAGAAUAACAUUAAUCUUAAAGGCAGAGGACACAGUGAUAUAACUUCAGCUGCCACUGAGAGACAGCUGGUAUCAUGUCAGGACUCCAUACUGCUGUGGGGAGCACAGUAUUACUAAGUGGGUGGGGCUGCUGUCUUCCCUGGGUGCAGGGAUGGUGUCUAAUUUUCUUUAUCUCUGGGCUGAGGUCUGUGCCUGAUGUACAACAGAUGCUCCAUAAAUGUUUCAUAAACCACUUAAGAAUGAAGAAGCCCUGUCAGACUCGUAACCAAAGUGGGAACCAUCUCCUCAACACCCUUGACCUAUUGUCACUUUGCCUCAAAUCGAUGAGAUUCCAUGGCAGGGAGCUUUUUCACAAAGCAGCCUAUGGACAUGUGGGACAACUCCGGUCAGGGCUCUGGGACUGCAGUGCAGCUAUGUCCUGCACAGUCCAGGGGGCUGUGGUCUAGCUUGAGGACUAGGUGAGCUGUAUCCCAUGGAGUUGUGUAGUGCAGCAGCCCUGUUUCCAAUUGGUCCUUUCUAAAGUUGAACCCAAAUCUGCCUUUUUAUAACUUUUAUUCAUGGUCUUAGUUCCGCCCAGUGGAAAAAAGGAUAAUGCCUGCUAUAUUUUCAGUAUGAACCCCUUCUACUAUGUUAAGAUUAAAUGAAUCUAAGGGUAUUAAAUAGCACAUUUUCCUUGGCAGCCUACCUUUUGAUGAUUUUAAAGCCAUAUGCAUAAAUAAACCAAAGGAAUUAAGCAGUCAUAUUACUAAUUUGCUAACUCAGUAGCUACAGGAUAGUAAUGGAAAGUUUCUUUUUUAACUUCCUCAGGUAAAUUUCAGAUUCUAACACUGUUUAUUGAGUGCCUACAUUAACCAGGUACUAUAAUAGGUGCUUUCACAUAACAGUAUUUAUUUUCUUCCCCCAAACACUCUUGUGAGGUAAGAAUUAUACCCCCUUUUCAAAGCUGAGGAAACUGAUGCUCAGAACACCAGAAGCUUCCUUGCCUUAAGUCACCUGGGUAACAGGCCUCAGAGCCAGCAACUGAAUCUGGGUCUCUGUGUCAUCAAGCCCCUUGCUCUUCCCACUACAGAACAUGGCUUCUAGAUUAAUGUUACUGAUUCAGAAAUAUCUCAGACAAUCUGUGAACUAUCCUCAUAUUUCCUUGGCCUUGUCCCUUCUGGCUUUGGUUUUCAUUGUAGAUUCUCUUCAUCUGAAGCUCUGUAGGCCAAGAGGCCAGAGCUAUGCCCAUGGGGAGCCAGGACAGAUGAUGAACUUGAUGCUAGGGGUCACCAGGAGGAUAAAGGCACUCUUUCUUGGCCCCAGGGAACAAUGCCUGCACUUCAAGUAAAGGAGGUUGAGGGGGCCAUAGUUGCUGCUUCAUUAAACACAGACGUCUUGAAAUUUUUCUUGCUGUUGCUGUUUUUUAAGUGGAUUGGCAAAGACUUCUUAUUGCUUAGGAGUAGCUUCCCAGCCACUGGCAUCUGAACUUGGGCUUGACAAUGAAUGUACGAAAUAAAAAAGGAGAGACCUGCUCUCUAAUUUGUUCUUGUUCUCCAGUGGUUUGGUUAACUUAGGCAAGGCUGAAUAUCAGGGUGUAUUGCACCAAGUUAUGAUGAUUCAGUCUGUAAAUGUUAUAGUUACCCUCAAUCUAAAGAAAUAUGUCAUACAACACAGGGAACAUGGCCAAUAUUUUAUAAUAACUAUAAAUGGAGUAUAACCUUUAAAAAUUAUGAAUCACUGUAUUGUACACAUGCAACACAUAAUA